AUGUCAAAGCUUAAAAAACGUAUCGAAGCCAUUGGAGAGAUUUUUGAGAGCGAGAAGUCCUACAUCCAGGAUCUUCUUAUUUGGGAAAAGGAGUUCAGAAUAUGGAUUCUUGGAUACCCAUUGUUCAGUACCCCGAAAGUCAAGUAUGAGAUAUGCGACAGGAUAUUUAUUAACAUGGACAGGAUCGAAAAACUCCACAAUAGGAUAUGCGAGGAUAUGAGGAGGGCAAACCUUAGCAUGUAUUCGAAGGUGACGGGGGAGAAUGUCAUGAAAAAUACUAGUGAGUAUAUGAUCGAUAAGGUUGAUGCCGAAAACCCGAGCCUGCAGGAGUUAGAGUAUGUUUCAAUAUACAACAAGCACAUUGAAGAGUUUGAGCUGUAUAACGAAUAUGUAAGGAGGCUUCCCAAGGCUGAGUUUGAGCUUGAGAAGCUUAUACACCGCUAUCCGGAAUUUGCAAAGGGGGCAGAGGAAUUUCUGAGAGAAAAGAAUUCCUCGUUUCUUGGGAUAAAGCAUUUUUUGUACAGGCCGUCACAAAAGCUUGCAAGGUAUCCUUUGCUCCUGAAGGCCAUAGCCAAGAACGAGGAGGGGGACCUCAAGAAUGAGUAUGAAAACCUAAUUGAAAAGUUCAUGGCGAUAGCGAAGAAUGCAGACAAAGAGUUCAAUAGGUUUAGCACGCAGUUUUCAAUGUACAAGCUGGGGAUUAACUUCAGGUACAAGCAAAGUAUUAGAAACCAGCAUUGCUUGGGCUUAUUUCAAAGCAAAAGAAAGCUACUAAAGGAAGGAGAAGCAUUGAUAAGAAGCCAUUCGAAUGAAGAGCCCGAGAUGUUCAAGGUGUUUAUCUUUGACCAUCUGAUGCUGAUAUGUGAUUAUCCGGAAGACAAGUUUUCUGAGAUAUACAUCAACGAAGAGCCGAUGUUUAUGUCGAGGCUGGUUGCGGUCAAGGAGAAUGUCAGGUUCUUUCCUGAAGACCCGUUUUUCCAGAAUCUGUAUCCUCUAUUUCUGUUUGAAAGGGGAGGCAUACGGGUUUGGGGAUUAUAUUUCUAUGACAAGGGAGAAAGGGAUGUAUACUACAACAUAAUUCAGAAGGCGAUUUUCAAGAUCAAGGCACAUCUUCGAGGUGACAUAUCCUUCAAGAAGCUGCCCUACAAAGUGGACGAGACUGUGAGGUAUGCAUGCCAAGCCAACGAUAUAAAGUGGUAUGAAGAGUCCUUUUCUUCUUCAGAUAGCCUAGAGACCAGUACCGGAACACUGUCUGAUGAGGAAUCUUCAGCCAAUAUUGGAUACUCGGAGGAGUCUAAGGAUCAAGACCUAACCAAGCUCAUAGAUAAGUUCCAUAAGACCAGAAGGAACGACAUUGAGAGAAAGAAGAAUCCUGAUCUGGAGGAGGUGCAGGAGCCUAGGAGGGAGGAAUGCGAAAAUUCGUCCAACAAGAAAGAAUCCUUGUGGAAGAGCUUCUUUCCCACGGCAGACUUUUUUGUAAGCAGCAUCAGGAUUUCACCUCCCCUGGACAGAAAUGACGAUCCCGAAUACACUUCUGCACAGAGAGCCAUGUAUAUUGUAGCAAUAGGAGACGGGGUUUAUCGGUUCUCGAAUAAGAAGCUCGACAAGAUCCUAGACAGGAAGGUAGAUAAGAUAAUUUACGACUCCACAUAUGAAAUCAUGCUAUACAAGUCAGGGUCGACUCUGUAUGCUUCCCAUUUCAAUGUUGAAUCAACAAGCAUUGAAGAAAAUGUCCUGAAGGACAACAUUGAGGACUUCUUCUAUGGAAUAACAAAGCAGGGGCCUUGCAUUGCAUCAACAGACUCUGGAGACGGCAAAUCUGUCUCCAUAUUUCUCUUUUUGGCGGUGGUGUCCCUCGACUCGAUUACAAUCGAGCUUUCGCGAAAGCUAUAUAUAGGUCUGCAGGUGUACAAUGUAUUUUUCUGCUCGGAGAAGAUUGUGAUAGGAUGCAAGGACUUUGAGAUUGUCGAUAUGGAGACCCUUAGGUCUGAGGAGCUUCUGCAGGUCUAUGACCCGUUCAUCCCUGUGCUAUUCCAUGGGCUCAAGAACAUGGUUGCAAAGUCGAUCUUCCCUGUCUCUUCCCAUGAGUUCCUCUUGUGCUUCAAUUCCAUGGGAUUCAUAGUUGACGACACUGGGAAGCUUAAGCGGACAGAUAUCAUCUUUCUGUGGAAUUGCAAUCCACUAGGGUUUAAAGUGAUCAAGAACCAUGUUAUAUGUGUUGGGCCCCACAUCGUAAAUAUAUUUGACAUGAAAACUGGACUGCUGGUCUUUACUAAAUCCCAUGAUAACCUAAGGUUUGUAGAGGGAAGUAUGAGGCCAUUGCUACACGAUGGAAACAACUUCUAUGAAAUAACGUUUGGAUCCGAAGACAAUGAAGACAAAGAUAACCCUUCGAAGUCGUAG